AUGGCCAAUGGGAGGGACAGGGACAGCUGGCAGAGCUGCAGAGGGCGGCCAGGCAGACCGCAGACAGCAGUCAGGAGCUCAGGGCGGGGGCGGCCACUGGCCAGCGAGUCGGACCCUGCUCUCGGCUCGGUGUGGAGAGAACGGCGGCACCGGGACGGGCGGAUGGCGGCGUCGGGACAACAGCAGGGGCACACAGCUUGGCGUGACCGGCGUCGGCAGCACCUUAGCAGCUCGGACUCGCCGCUCACGAGGCAAGCGAGGCGUUACGAGCAAGGAAAACCGCGAGUCCGCCCGCUACGCAUGCAACGCUUCGCCUGGAAGCGAUCCUAG